UUUAGGUUAUGUUUGUUUCUCUGUAAAAAGAGAAUUAUAUUUCAGUGCAGUUAUGAGUUGACAUUAUUGAAAUUUUAGGAUCCUUUUACUGAUUUUGAGUGUAUUUAAUGUAAUGAUUAAAUAACAGUCAGUAAUAAUGGAGAAUAACCAAGUCGUUCUAAAAACACCGAGCAUACAUGGAGAAUUAUAUUUUCUUAUACAAAAGUUUUUGUCCACUGGCCCUCUGCAGGACACAUACAGGACAAUGAUUAAGGAACUUGAAACACAACAGAUUUUACCAGAAAGACUAGACUGGACCGGCCAGUUACAUAAACGAACUCUGAAUGACAUGGAUAAACUUUAUCCACAUAUAGGACCUGAUUAUAUAUAUAAGAUACUUGAGGGGACUUUACAGUUGCUGGAAAAAGAAUACCCACCUACUGUAAAGGGUAUAUUUUCGUUGUUAGGAGCUGGCCAGCAGUCCUUGCUACGGGGCAAAGAACAAAAGUACACAUAUAAUAUUCGGCAAUAUGCGACAGAAAAGAAAGCAUUGGCCUCAGUGCAGUCUUACAAAGUUUCUCACAAUAUUGUUAAUGUACUAUGGGGAAGGAAAAUUUCUAGUGUUAGAUCACAGUACCUGACGGUUUGCCCUAAUUUAUACAGUAAAAUUUGUAUACAAAGACGUACACUUGGCCACCUCUCAGCAGUUUAUUGUUUGUUGUUUGAUAAGACUGGCAGAUAUAUUUUAACUGGGGCUGACGAUUUGUUGAUAAAGUUGUGGUCGUCGAUAACGGGACGUCUUUUGGCCACAUUUAGGGGAGCCUCGUCCGAAAUCACGGACAUAGCAAUUAAUUUAGAAAAUACUUUAUUGGCAGCAGGUUCAAUCGAUAGAAUCCUACGCGUUUGGGACUUACAGACAGGAGGACCUGUUGCGGUACUUUCGGGACACACUGGGAUGAUAACGUCUGUUAACUUUUGUCCCUCUUCACGCUGGGACAUUCGAUAUCUUGUUAGCACAAGCACUGAUGGUUCUGUGGCCUUUUGGCUUUAUAGUCAAGCUACUGGAGGAAAAGCAAAUUUUGUUUCUAAGCCUGUUCAAUAUCAAGAAAGGAUGCGACCGGGACAAGCUCAGAUGAUUUGCUCUUCUUUCAGUCCUGGUGGCAUUUUUCUAGCAACGGGUUCAGCCGACCACCACGUCCGUGUAUAUUUUAUGAGGGGUGACGAAGGUCCUCAUCGAAUUUUAGAAACCGAGGCUCAUUUGGAUCGAGUAGAUUCUAUCCAGUGGGCCCACCGGGGACUGCGCUUCGUUUCUGGAAGUAAAGAUGGGAGCGCCCACAUAUGGCAUUUUGAAAGCCAGCAGUGGAAGAAUGUACCUCUUUCACACACUGAAAAUACAGAGGAAGGUAAAAAGAUACGUGUUACCAUGGUGACUUGGAACUGUUGUGAUACCAGAAUAGUAACUGCUAUUAGCGAUUACAAUUUGAAAGUGUGGAGGGCAGGUACUGGGGACAUGGAAAGGUCCCUGACAGGUCACACAGAUGAAAUUUACGUCCUGGAGGCUCAUCCAAGUGACCCCCAUGUAGUCUUAUCAGCUGGUCACGAUGGUCAACUAUUUAUCUGGGAUAUUGUAAGAGGACAUCCUGUCAAUAGUUUCAAGAACAAUCUCGAAGGGCAGGGUUAUGGCGCUGUUUUUGACGCCAAAUGGUCUCCUGACGGUACCAUGAUAGCUGCAACGGAUUCUCAUGGUCAUAUUACAAUUUUUGGAUUUGGGAAUGGUCACUCUUUAUUUAAAGUGCUCCCCGAAGAAUUGUUUUUCCAUACGGAUUAUCGUCCUUUGGUAAGGGAUAAUAAUCACCACGUCCUAGACGAACAGACCCAGGUUCCUCCACAUUUAAUGCCGCCCCCGUUUCUUGUGGACGUGGACGGGAAUCCCUAUCCUCCUAUGUUACAACGUCUUGUUCCUGGUAGAGAACACUGUCAAACGGAACAACUUAUUCCUAAUAUAGUUGAAGGACUUGAAGGGAGACAAGAGGUUAUCGAGGGACUCCCCGACGAAGAGCCGUACUCAGAAAUCGAUAUAAUGAUUGCAGCUUUGGCCCAUAGACAGUAUGGUCAAGAGGGCACAAACGAUGCCCAAAAUAACGUCAAUAACAACCACAACAUGGUUAAUGGUAAUAGUAAUAGUAGCAGUAGUAAUAGUAGCAAUCAAGGAACUUCUUCUUCAUCAACAUCCCAGGCUAACACAAGUAACAAUUCUUCAAUACCGACCCUGAGGAGGUCAACAAGUAGAAGGAUCGGUGAGGGUGGCAUUCGUCAGUCCGUGGGAGAAUGGCAAAGGGACCCUAAUAUCAAAUGGAAAGUCAGGGUUCUAGUUCAACCCUUAAAACCAUCCGAAUUAGAAAAGGAGAAAGCCAUUGUAGAUACCUACGGGGCAAUGGAAAUGGAAGAAUACAAGAAAGAGAUGCGUAGAAGACCUAUAAUGAUAAAUACUGAUAAUUUGAACACAUCUACACACACGCAUAGGAGACUGAGGCACCCCAAGAAAGGCAGAAUAACGGGGUACCGUACAAGAGCGAAUGCUAGUAUCGAAGAAAUCGAAACAGAACAGCCGGCAAACGAAUCUGAAAGUCCAUCGAGUGGUAACAGUGACGAUGAAGAAGUAAACGUUGACGAGGAGGAAGAAGAAGUUUCAAGUGAAUCCAGUUCUGCUAGCGAAUCUUCGGGAUACUCGGAUUGGGUGGCAGACCAAGGGGUUAGUUUAGAACCACCCAAACGAUCAAAACGAAGGCAGGCGAAAAGGGUCAUCAUCUCGCCAAACGAAAGCGAAGAAGAAAAAGAAAAUACCAAACCUGCUGUUAAUCACGUAUUGGAAAAAGAGCCACGACCCUCUACAUCGUCUACAGUUGUUCCUAUACAUAUACCUAAAAAUAUGCAAAAAGAGGUGCCUGAAAUUUACAAACCGUCAGAAUGGCUAGCCGAGACAAGGCCCCGAAAGGCUCCUUAUUGUCCCCAAAUGGGCGACGAAGUUGUUUAUUUCAGACAAGGCCAUGAAUUAUAUAUAGAAGCUGUUAAGAGUAAAUCCAUCUACGAAGUGAACACAAAAGAUCUUCCGUGGACGAAAAUGCAGUUAAAGGACCAUGAGUUCUUAAAGGUAGUUGGAAUUAAAUACGAAAUUCGACCCCCUCGUCUGUGUUGCCUGAAACUCGCCCUUCUGGAUCAAACUGGACGUUUAAGUGGAAGCGUUAUCACUGUAAAGUACCACGACAUGCCUGGUGUAUUGGACUUUUUUGUUCUAAAACAAACCUAUGAUGCUGCAGUUCGAAAAAAAUGGCAAUCGGGAGACUCUUUUCGUUGCAUGAUAGAGGAUUUCUGGUGGCACGGCACCAUCCUCUCAGAGUCUCCGUACAGCCCGGAUUAUCCUGAAUCAAAGUUUAUGUGCUACGAAGUGAAAUGGGACAACCAUGAAAUCGACCGCGUAAGUCCUUGGGACGUGGAAAUCAUCGACGAUAACCAUAUGCCACCAACAGUGGGAGAAGCCGUACCUGUUCUUCCAAAAGAAAUGACUGCGAUUUUGUAUCAACCCAAACCAGAAGAGUGGCCUUCAGGAGACCGAGAGACAGCUUGCAGACGUAUAAUUGUGGGACUGGAUAAGAUAAUGGCCCUAGCUAUUGCGGAGCCUUUUUUGGCUCCCGUAGAUCUCAAUCAAUACCCUGGAUACGCAUAUAUUGUCGAAUAUCCAAUCGAUUUGUCAACGAUUAAAGCCCGUUUCGAAAAUCGAUACUAUCGACGUAUUACUUCAGCCCAAUUCGACGUCCGAUAUCUCGCUACAAAUGCAGAGAAAUUCAACGAACCCCACAGCAUUAUCCUCAAAAAAGCACGAGUUAUCACUGAAUUGUGUCUAAGGGCCAUAAAGAGUUGCUCAGAAGACUUGGACAUAGUUGGAAUAUAUCAUCAACUAAUGGACUCGUACCAGUCUUCAGAAAGCGAUGUAGAAGUGAAUGUAAAUAAUUAUGGGCCGUCGACAAGUAGAUCAUUAAGAUCUUUAACUACAAGGAGUUUGAGUAAGCCAGAGGACUGGAAGCAUGAGGCGAGAGCUCUUUUGGAAGCCAUGUGGCAGUGUGAAGACUCUUCGCCGUUUAAGGCCCCUGUAGACCACCUCAAACACCCCGAUUAUUAUCGCAUAAUUGAUACUCCUAUGGAUCUUGGAACAAUAAAAGAAGACCUCCUAGGGGAUAACUACGAGACUCCUCACGACUUUGCCAAAGAUGUUCGACUCAUGUUCCAAAACUCAAAAAAUUAUAACACCAACAAAAGAUCGAGAAUAUACGCCAUGACCAUCCGUCUGUCUGCAAUGUUUGAAGAGCACAUAAGCAAGAUAAUCUUCAAUUGGAAGCAGGCCAAACGACGGAAGACUGUGGGAAGGAAGAAAAGUAGGCGCAGAGUGGCUAAAACGAAUGUAAAAUACAAUAAUUCUGACGAAGAAGAUUCGGAUGCUUCGUACAGAAGGCGAACAGCGACGAGACCGACACAACGAAGCAAGAGCAGAAGUCAAGUCAAAGACACCAAAAACGGCAGUUUGACGAACAACCUUAGGAGAUCGAAACUUCUUACACAAAACGGAUACGCCGAGCCGGAUACUAGUGACAGCGACACCGACGACUCGCCCUCUGACAACCAACCUCUUUCUGUAAGUGUAAAUAAGGGUAUUAAAGAAAAAGAAGAAAAAAAAGAAGAGAAUGAAGAAACAGGCAAUAGCAGCAGUAGUAAUAGUACUGAUAAAAGUAGCAGUACCAACACCAGUAAAAGUGUAAAAAAUAUUAGAAAAAUCGGAAGAAAACCUGAAGGUAGUAACAGCGAUUGGUCUGCAGACGAAAAACUGAAAAAGACGCGACGAAAAGAAACCCCGAGGGGAAACGGAAACGGUAACUUCUCCUUAAGUACACGACCGCGAAGGGAACCCCGGAAGCAAAGCGAUGAAUCAGAAACGGAGGAAGACAUUGCAAAAGUGACGAAGAGAACGCGCACAAGGAAUACUACCAGAAAAUUUGUGGACCUUUCCGAUGAUGAUUCUGUGACUGAUGAAGACGAUGAACCUUUGAGUAAUCUAACACGGGGUAAUACCCAGUUAAAGAAUAAACGGCCGAAAGAAACGGACAGUUCGGCGAGCGACGAAGGUGUGCGUAUGUCUUCGAGAAGAUCGGCGAGAAAGAAACCGAAAUACGCGGAAAAUUCGGACAGUGGUACCAACAAUUCGGACGAUAACAGUGACGAUAGUGAUCGAAGGAUAGUCACGAUAAGUAGUCGGGGGCGGAUUUGUCGGUUAACCGCAAGGGCACGUGCCCUUUUAAAAAAUUGAGUGUGUUCACAUCAGUAAAAAAAGUGUGUAUGUAGUAGUAAUUAUUUUAUCGUGUAAAUAAUUUAUAAGUAUUUUUCUACGUUAUCGUUUUCGACCAAUGUCGCUUUAGUUAUUAUGAAACUAGUAAAUAAAUGAAUAAUUAGUGCGUUAGUGCACGACCCAAUUUAUGUCUACCAAAUGGUGAUCCGACGCGUUUCGAACUCUCACUCAGGGUUUUCACCGCCGUUGGAUUGUUGAAAAGUUUAGUUUUUACAUAUUCAAUUAACAUUUUGUCUCGUUAAUUAAUACGAUAAGCUAAUAGGGAAGUCAUGUACUUUAAUCGCUACACAUAGAUAAGUUUUAAAUGAGCAUGCAAAACAGAAUUGAGGAACAAUUUAUAAUAUUCCCUCUCCCCCUGAAGACUGUGACUAUUUUAUCUGAUGUUCAAAUAAAAUAUAAAAAAACAAA